AGUGUCACAGUUUAAAAUGAUGGGUUACUCCUAUGAUGAUGACCUGGAGGAGCUGUGUCCAGUCUGCGGGGACAAAGUAUCUGGAUAUCAUUAUGGACUGCUGACCUGCGAGAGUUGCAAGGGCUUUUUCAAACGGACAGUUCAGAACAAUAAGAGAUAUACUUGCAUUGAAAACCAGACCUGUCAGAUUGAUAAGACUCAGAGGAAGAGGUGUCCUUACUGCAGGUUCCAAAAGUGUCUCAGUGUUGGGAUGAAGUUAGAAGCUGUGAGGGCAGACCGGAUGCGAGGAGGGAAGAAACAAAUUUGGGCCAAUGUAUAAACGGGAUCGAGCUCUUAAACAACAGAAAAAAGCUUUAAUACGAGCAAAUGGACUCAAACUAGAAGCUAUGAGUCAGGUCAUCCAAGCCAUUCCCACCGAUCUCACUAUUUCAUCAGCUAUCCAAAAUAUUCAUUCUGCAUCCAAGGGUCUACCUCUAAACCAUACUGCCCUUCCCUCAACAGACUAUGACAGAAG